UGGGAAGACAGAAAGGAGUCUGCUGUAGAGGGGCCCUGCAGGGGGGCCAAGAACUGCCUGGCCUGCUGUAGAGUGUAUGAACUGACGUGAAAUCCCCCUCAUCUCAGUCGUCAGUUCCACUGGAGCUCUUGCAGACUACAGUCACAGGAGACAACUGAAGAGGACAAUGGAGUACCUGCAAUCUUAUCACUGUUUACUCUGCUACUUUCUGCUGGCUCUUAGAGAUCCUGCACUCUGUGCUAAAGAGAUCACUGUUAGCCCAGACAAACCCAUUGUCAAGCUGGGAGAUGCUGUGACCUUGAUCUGUGAGACAACCUGUCCCCAAGUCAAACCACGCUGGAUGGAACUAGACGAGAGCGAUGUCAUUCAGAAUACCACAAACAACAGAAGUUAUCUACAUAUUGCAGCUGUACAGCUGAAUCACGAGGGAAAGUAUACCUGCACAGCAGCAAAAUGUAGCAAACAGAAGAAGGAAACAAUCCAGCUCAGAGUUUACUCUUUCCCGGUGCCUGUCCUGUCCACGGUGCCAGAGAACCCUGUCUCUGGUCAACCUUUUGAGGUGAAAUGUACACUGACAAAAGUUUACCACAGAGAUGAUGACAACGUUGAGAUGCGUCUCUUCCACCUUGACAAGCUUGAAACAGAACACUCCAAAAACUGUACUGAUGACAGAUUUUGUGAUCACACGUGGUCUUCUAAGAAUCAGACGGGCACUAGCAAAACAGAUUAUCAGUGUGAAACCAAUCUUACUAUUGCCCCUAACAGCUUUACUGAAAAGGCUCGUCUUACCAUACAUUUCCAGGUUAAACCCAUGGAAGCACCAACGUCAGAACAUAUAAAUGAGGAAGGCGAAGGUCAAGGUGAUGCUGGUGAUGUCUAUAAUAAUCCCAGAAGCACUGCCACGUCUCCUGAACAGAUAGGAUCACAAACGUCAGAACCUGUCAACACGGAAGGCGAAGGUCAAGGUGAUGCUGGUGAUGUCUAUAAUAAUCCCAGAAGCACUGCCACGUCUCCUGAACAGAUAGGAUCACAAACGUCAGAACCUGUCAACACGGAAGGCGAAGGUCAAGGUGAUGCUGGUGAUGUCUAUAAUAAUCCCAGAAGCACUGCCACGUCUCCUGAACAGAUAGGAUCACAAACGUCAGAACCUGUCAACACGGAAGGCGAAGGUCGAGGUGAUGCUGGUGAUGUCUAUAAUAAUCCCAGAAGCACUGCCACGUCUCCUGAACAGAUAGGAUCACAAACGUCAGAACCUGUCAACACGGAAGGCGAAGGUCAAGGUGAUGCUGGUGAUGUCUAUAAUAAUCCCAGAAGCACUGCCACGUCUCCUGAACAGAUAGGAUCACAAACGUCAGAACCUGUCAACACGGAAGGCGAAGGUCAAGCAGUGGAGGCCUCCAGCUCCACCACCACCACAGCCAUGGUUGCACUGGGCUCCACAGUGGGAUCCCUAUCCAUUCUCUGCUUGCUGGCUUACCUGAUCAAAUGGAGGAAACGCAAGUCAUCCCCCAGUUGUCCAGAGAACCAUCCUGAUGGCUGCUGACCACCAUGGCAUUAGCUUCAUCUUAUGUUCUCAAGCUUUUUUUUGUCCUAUGUGUUAAAUGCCAAUGUAGGACUCUAGCCUGCCUAUAUGCAACUUUCCUAUAAUAUCUCAAAAGUAAUGUAUACUGAAUCUGAUCUCCUCAUGUACUGCCUGCUGUAUAAAUCUUAAAAAAAUAAAAUAAAAUAGCUAUUAAAAUUAAAGCAAACAUAUAUCCAACAAAUAAUAAUGUACUGGAAAAAUGCCAAAGAGGAACAGUCAAACAGAAACAUUGUAACUAACAUAAAGCAUGCAGUUUGAUUAAUAACAUAUGCUCAUAAUAAAGCUCUUUAGAAACAGGA